AUGGUGUCUCUUAAAACAUUAAUUGGAAAAUUAAUCCAUAAGGCACAUGCUGAUUUAAUGACAUUAACCGAUACAUUACCUUCCAUGUCUGAUGUUGAGAAAAAGCGGCAAAUUUUGACAUAUUCAACAUUUAUAAGAAAGCAAUUUUUAAAAUUACUUAAUAUUAUGGCCUUUUUAGCAAAUCAAAAUAAAAUAUUUCAAGACACAGUCGAUUAUCUUCAUAAAAUUCAUUUGGAACUACCGGCAGCAAGAUUACGAAACUUCGAUAUACCGACAGCAGUGGAUGUUUUAACAACAGGAAGUUAUCAGCGCAUGCCUACAAAAAUCAAAGACAUGAUGGCACCUACACCAUUAACUGAUGAAGAAGUAUUAGCAACAUUCCGUAAUAUGAAUGAUGUGAUUAGAAUGCGUAUUGUUACAACAGAAGUUUUGCCUCCUCCUAUGCGAAACUACCGAAUUGAAAAUGGUCGAAUUUACUUUUUAAUUGAAAAUGAAUUUGAGGUUGUGCUAACAUUAAUGGGAAAUAGUAAUAAUAGACGAUGGUGGGUUGUAUCCCUAGACAUAUUUGUUCAAGCAUCUUCAAAGAGUAGAUCAACAGAAGAUAUAGACAUUACAUUAAAUGAUAUACAAAAACAACAUCUUCGCGUUAAUGCACAAAAGCAGCUUGUACCACCUGUUGUAGCUGAAGAUCAAUUACAAGCUAAUAAUAAUAAUAGUGAUAUGAAUACAGCUUCUUCUUCAACACCAUCAAAUAGUUCUAAAUCGUUAUUCUUUCCACUUGUUAAUAUGUAUGAUUAUCUUCACUUAAGUUGUCUUCAUAUGCAGUUGGAAAUAUUAUAUAUUCAAGCUGUCAUGCUAUCUAAAACGAGAUGGAUAAAUCAACUUAAAGUACAAAUGAACCAGGAUAGAACAAAAUUAACUUUAGUUUACUGGCGUGGUGGUUCAGCUGCAUCACAUUGGGGUAAACCACAAACAACAGCAUCGAAUGCUAUAAAAAUAUUAAAUAUGAAGAUUCAUGAUGAGCUUAAAGGAUUAACUCAGAAAACAGGCAUUGGUGCAUCUAUUGCUUUAUCAGAUAUAACUGUCCAUGAUCGACCCAAAGUACUUUCAUUAUUGAAAUAUCCGAAAAAUUCUCUUCAGAUACUGUGGAAUGAUAGACCUGAACUUUAUACAGAUAUAAAGUUAAUUGAAUCUUCUAAUUUAGAUAUUGAACAACUUGUUUUACAUGUGACAAAUUACCAUGGAAAAUGUAUUAUUGAUAAAUUUAAAGAAGCAUUGAUAUCUGAAAAGAAUUUCCUUGAAGAAAAUGGGUUAUAUUUAACUGAAGGAAAUACAAAAAAUACAGCUCAAUCAUUAAUUGUACGUUAUAGACAUCAAAGGUAUAUAAGUAUUGAGGCAGACUCGCGUACGGGUAGAAUUAAAGCAUUUGAUACAAGUGAAGGAUGUAAUGAAGGAGACUUUAAUUUAAGAGGUCUAGAGGAUAGAUUGAAUAAUGAUCCGAAGAACAUUUCUCAACAUUUAUUAUGGAUUCGUUCUGAAGUUGUUAUACGCGAAGUUGUUUCACUUGCUAAACAACUGAAUUUGCAACCUUACCAUCCGUCUCAGAUGAAUCUUCGAUCAGAAGACUUAACAAAACUAUUUGGAGAUAUUAUUGGAGAAGCUACAGCUAACACUCUAAAUACAUUAGCUAGUAGCGGUGAUAUAACUACUUCUAAUAACAAUAACAACAUUAUCAAAUACCCUUCACAUUGUGUAUUUCUUCAGUUUCCUCAGUUUGAAGAUUGGCAUUUUGUAAUAGCUAUUGUUAAAAAUGAAUUUAAAUCAUGGCUUUGUUGCAUCAAUGGUCUUUAUCAUGCUAUCGUGGAUUUGACUUAUUUUGAUUGUAAUCGAUUAUGGAAAGACCAAUUUAUCGAAAAGAAUCAUAGUUUGAAAGCUCUUGAUGAUGUACAAAUAGCUAAUAGAAAUAAAAGGCAUUUGGAAGAUAAAUUUGAGGAAACAACUACAAUAAAAGAAGAACAAGAUAUGAUACCAGAUAUAAAAAGAAGAAGGAAGGUGUCGAUAAAUAAUACGAUUGAUGAUACUCUCACUAUUUUAUCUCAAUAUUCAAACAAAGUUGACAAGUAA